CCACCAGGAAAGAGUGUUAUGGCGGCAAAUGCCGAAUGAGUGGUUAGCUGGUCAUGUUUUUGGUGGUGAUCUAUGGGCUCGUGCUGGCCUUGCCCCUUCUAUUUUUUGUACAACGACGCACCUUAUCGCCACCGCACCAGUCUCCACCAGUAGACUCACAACCAGAAGAGAAGAAGUCUCUUAAGACCAUCAUGCAACCACCCAGAGAUGACCUUGACCCCCCGAAGGAUGACCCCUUCACCCUUGAUCAACUCAAGCAAUUCGACGGCUCCGACAAUUCGAAGCCGAUCUAUGUAUCCAUUAGGGGCACUGUCUUUGACGUCACACGUAAAAGCGACGUGUACGGUCCCGGAAAAUCAUACAACAUCUUUGCCGGGAAGGACGGCUCAAAGGGACUUGGAAUGUCCAGUUUGAAACCAGAGGACGCUGUACCAGACUACAGCGACCUACCAGAGAACGAGAAGAACGUUCUCAACGACUGGUUCUUAUUUUUCCAGAAACGCUACAACAUUGUCGGACGCGUCACCGAUAUGCCUACUUCAGUUUCUAAUCUCGCUAAUCUAUAGCUAUCAUCCAAAUCGAUAAAUCCCUGAGCUCUAUCGCCGACCAUCAUUUUGCUUUAAUCGUCGUUCAAACUUUGAACUUGUACUAUUGCAUCACAACUUUAUCUUGCAUUUGCACGAA